UAAACAAUUUCCAUCUUCACAAAGUCACUUUCCUAGAAGCUCAUAAAAUGCUUGAUUUAUCCAACUCUACAACAGAAACAACUUCGGAAAUAGCCGAAACGUCUUCAUCCCAAAAACAAGAAGAAACAUACAAAAGAAUUAAAUUCGAAAUGAGAAAGGUUUUUAAUUUUCGGAAAAAAAUCCACAAAAUUUCCUAA